CCCACCCCAAGUGUAGUUUUCACUUCCCCACCCCUCCCUCUCAUUCCCUUGUUUUACAGCUUCCACUCUUUCUCACUUAUAAAUGGCUCGCAUUGAGCUGAAACGGAUUGCGGUGAGGUUGUGUUGUUGGGUGCAUUUCUUGGCUCUGAUCUCGUUCACGGCCCCCCGCCCGGCCCGGUCGGCCCCACAGGUGCCCUGCUUCUUUAUAUUCGGCGACUCGCUGGUGGACAAUGGCAACAACAAUGACAUCGCGUCGUUGGCGCGCGCAAACUAUCCGCCAUACGGGAUCGAUUUCCCCGGCGGCCCCUCCGGAAGGUUCAGCAACGGCAUGACCACAGUUGACGUUAUCGCUAAACUGUUGGGGUUUGACAACUACACACCACCAUUUGCGAGCGCAAGUGGCAACGAGCUUCUGAGUGGUGUCAAUUUCGCAUCCGCUGCUGCAGGAAUCCGGGAAGAAACGGGUCAACAACUGGGUGGUCGGAUAAGCUUCGGGGGUCAAGUGCAAAAUUACCAAGCAGCUGUACAGAGCGUUGUAAAUAUUCUGGGAGACGAGGACUCCGCUGCAAAUUACCUCAGCAAAUGUAUAUUCUAUGUGGGGAUGGGGAGCAACGAUUACCUCAACAAUUAUUUUAUGCCCGCUUUUUACUCCACCAGUCGACAAUACAAUCCCCAACAAUACGCUGAUGUCCUCGCCCAACAAUAUUCACAACAACUAAGGAUUAUGUACAACUACGGCGCGAGGAAGGUGGUUCUGAUCGGAGUUGGCCAGGUUGGGUGCAGCCCAAAUGAGUUGGCUCAGCAUAGCUCGAACGGCGUCACCUGCGUCAACAGGAUCAACAGCGCGAUCCAAAUAUUUAACCAGAACCUGAUCUCGUUGGUCGAUGAAUUCAACAAGUUAGCUGGUGCGCAUUUCACGUACAUUAAUGCGUACGGUAUGUUCGGAGAUAUUCUGAUGAACCCUGCAGCUAAUGGUUUAAAGGUGACCAACAGAGGAUGCUGUGGAGUAGGAAGGAACAAUGGCCAAGUAACAUGUCUACCUUAUCAAACACCAUGCCAAAAUAGGGAUGAGUACUUAUUCUGGGAUGCUUUUCAUCCGACCGAAGCCACAAAUAUAAUCAUCGGAAAGCAAUCUUACAGUGCUCAGUCGUCGUCCGACGCUUAUCCGAUUGAUAUUCUUCGUCUCGCUCAGAUCUAACUCGCGAUUGGUGGUCGUAAGAAAACCAUUCUUUUUCAAACAAGAAUAGCCAUCUUCUUCUGUAUGUGCACUUUUGGAACUACGUGUCUCUCUGCAUUUUGCCUUAGCUUACUUUGGGUAGGAAAAUUUGUGUUCUGUUCUCUUUUGUUUGUGUUUUGUUAUUGCAGUGAGUCAAAUAAAACACUUUGACUCUUCUUCUUUCAUUGUGCUCACAAAAUUUGCUGAACUCUGGGAAAUUUUUGAAUCUGCAUUUUCUUUGCUCCA